CUAUGCAAUUCCUCGACGUUAGGCCUAUAACUUGACUAUUUACAGGCCUUUGUCUUCCCGACCUAACAAUGUCCGAGAGAAACGAGGGGACCAAAGAAGACGUUAGUCAGCUUUGUUCCUGCCCAGUAGCGAAAGUGGUCCGGACAACUCGUCGUUUCCUGAUCCCAGCCCUCAGAAAGGUUCUAUGUAUUCCUGUUACAUACGUGAUUCCAUGUGGAACAAGGGCAAGCAUGUCAGAUGCCAAGAAGGAUGGAGAGUUGUCCUUGGAGCAGGAAAAUCUGAGGUUCACAGAUGAGAUGCUUUUGGCACUAAAUGAACAAGCCGAUGAGAUUCUGCAAGAACGUGUUGCUAUAGUCAAUGGUGUGCCUGUUUUAAUAGAGGGACCCUUGAGGGCUGAACAUGCCAAAGCCUUUGGAAUAUCACUCUCAAUUCCUUUGCUGGAUCAGCUGACCGGCACUGAAUUUAGAAAAAGAGCAACCGAGCAAGUGAGUGAGGUUUUGCUCACAACUCUUGACAAUGAUUCCUGCCAUGAGUCAAACACCAAAUCAGAGAGUCAGACAGACUUCUGUGAGCUUCCUGCCUUCUAUCCACCCAGCUCCCACUCACAGUCUGUUGCUGAUGAUCUUGUCGAUGAUAUUGUUGAGGAUUUUGUCUGUGAUGUUAUUGACUCCAUGAACGAAGACAUGAGCCAAAAUGUUCGCUCAGCAGCAUAUGACGUUGUUGGGUAUGUCGUUGCGGGGAUGAAAGAUCUUGUGGAGACAGCACGAGUCAUGGGAGGUGUGUCUAUGACAAGGAUCUGCUCAACAUCGGAAACAAUGUUCAGUGCCAUUCAGAAUGCGGUGAGGAAAUUGUUUUCCAAAUCUGUUUCCUCUGACAGUGAAGAGGAAACAACAAUGGCUUCCGCCAGACAUGUCAUAAGCCAAGUGAUAUUGUCCAUGAUGUGGGAUCUUUCUGCUCUUAAGAGUGCAGAAGAUUUAGAACAAAUAGCACUGGUUCAGGAGAUCCUCAGUGCUUUGUUGAUUGACGUCAGAGAACGUUCCCAGCACAACCUAGAGACCACAACAUCACCCUGUGUCCUCAACAUGUUUGAGGGAAAUGCUGAGGGAAAUGAGGGAAGUGCUGCUUCUGCCAACAGUGAUGAUUUCAAGAAUGACUAUGCCUCCCUAGUCUCCAUGUUGGUCAUUCGACUUUUGAGGAAAGUUAGCUUACGCACUUCCACCACCCAUCAGGACGGAGUUCCGGAUAAAGUUCUGGAUAUCUCCAGGCAAUUGAUCCAGAAGAUUCUGUGUGAGCUUGACACACGUUUUGGUAUCACAGGUGAUGAAAGUCAUCCGCAGCAAGUGAAUUUUCACCUGAUGUACCGAAAUGUUUACAAGGAUCUUACUAGAGAGUUUGGGUCUGAAGAUGUGCUGUGCUCUGCCCUGGAAUCACAAGAUCCAUCUUUUGAGUCCUCCCUUGUGGAGAAAUUGACAGGAGAGAUUGUAAAAACUUGUAGCCAAACAAACGUAGCAGCUUCUGAACCUAGGAUCCCACCGAUUAAAGCUGUAACUGGACUACAGCAAAAUAAUAAGACCAAAAAGAAAAUUACUCCAUCCUGGCUGAAGAUGCCAAAAUUCAAUUGGAAGAAAUCAAAGAAUGGAGCACACAGUCUCCUUGACAGUGAGGGCUCUCUUGUUCCAAGUACAAGUUCCUUUCAGGUUCAGGCCAUUAAGAGCGAGCUGAGGGAGACUCUGGCUGAGGUCACCAGGGCUCCUGCAUAUGCAGCCGACCGUCUGGAGAUGGCCCGGGAGGAAGAGACCACAGGGUGCUGUUUCUUCAGGAUGCCCAAAUUCAAGUUCUCCUUCAAGAAAAUAAUGAGAGGAGCUAAAGUUGGGCAUUACCACGAUGUUACCUCAUUUGAAGAGCAGAGCAGUAAUGUGGCAGCCUGUGAGACUCAGAUGAAGGAGGAGCCCUCUGCUGAGUUGGCUGCUUCUGAGGGUCUCACUAAACAGGAUUAG